AUGGCAUUCAAGAACGUGCCCUUUCGCUCUGAGGUCCUGAAUUGGGACCCUGACACCCUUGCAGACUAUUUCAAAAAGCUAAACUACAAGGACUGUGAAAAGGUCGUGAAGAAGCAUCACAUCGAUGGGCCACGGUUUCUGAACCUGGCAGAGAACGACAUCCAGAAGUUCCCUAAGCUCCGCGUGCCGAUUCUGAGUAAGUUAAGUCAAGAAAUCAACAAGAAUGAAGAGAGAAGGAGCAUUUUCACACGCAAACCCCAAGUCCAGCGGUUUCCGGAGGAGACAGAGAGCCACGAGGAAGACAACGGAGGCUGGUCGUCCUUUGAAGAAGACGACUAUGAGAGUCCCACUGACGAUGCGGACGUGGAGGACGACGGUGACUAUGAGUCCCCCAACGAAGAGGAGGAGGCGCCUGCGGAAGACGAUGCGGACUACGAGCCACCGCCCUCCAACGAUGAAGAAGCUCUGCAGAACUCCAUCCUGCCUGCCAAGCCUUUGUCCAACCCCAACUCCAUGUACAUAGACCGCCCCCCAACUGGGAAAGUGCAGCAGCCGCCUGUGCCCCCACAAAGGCCGAUGCCCACCCUCCCUCCUUUGCCCACGGGCGGCCGGAUUCACCAGCAGCCACUACCCCCACCCCAGCCCAACCACGAAGAGCCUAGCAGAAGCAGAAACCACAAAACGGCCAAGCUCCCUGCUCCUUCCAUAGACAGAAGCACGAAACCAGCCCUAGAUCGUUCGUUAGUUCCGUUUGACAGAGAGCCCUUCACACUAGGAAAGAAGCCAGCGAUUUCUGACAAGCCCUCGGUCCUAGGGGGAAGGCCUCCUGGGGAGCAUUUGCCCAAGAUACCAAAGCCCCCAUUACCGCCAGCCACGGAAAGGCAUGACAGAGGCAGCCCCCUGCAGGGGAAGAAGCCACCCGUGCCAAGGCAUAUGCGGGGACCAGAGAGAAGAGAGAAUGAUGAAGAUGAUGUACAUCAAAGACUUCCGCCCCAGCCAUCACCUCUCCCCAUGACCUGCAACACCUUCCCUUCAAGAUCUACCAAGCCAUCACCCAAGAACUCCCUCCCAUUAACUCACUCAUCUGGAGCCUUCUCAGAAAGUAACCCUAACUUUUCGCAGAGUGCCUCCCUGCCGCCAUACUUCUCUCAAGGCCCCGUCAACAGACCACUUCCCAGAGUGGAAGGCAGGAACUUCUCGCCAGUUCCCAGCAAACCUAGACCACAGUCCCCUGGGGAAGAACAGAAUUCAUUAAAUGAAGACUGGUAUGUUUCUUAUAUUACCCGCACAGAGGCAGAAGCAGCUCUUAGAAAGAUAAACCAGGACGGCACUUUCCUGGUUCGAGACAGCUCUAAAAAAACAAUAUCCAAUCCAUACGUUCUCAUGGUGUUGUACAAAGAUAAAGUUUACAACAUCCAAAUCCGUUAUCAGGAGGAAAGCCAAGUUUACUUGUUGGGAACUGGACUCCGAGGGAAAGAGGACUUUCUGUCUGUGUCAGAUAUUAUCGACUACUUCAGAAAAAUGCCGCUUCUGCUUAUUGAUGGGAAAAACCGAGGUUCCAGAUACCAGUGCACGUUAACGUAUGCUGCAGGUUAUCCCUAG